AUGAUCCUUAGAUGUUGGGCGGCGUCUAUUUUACUUUUGGUAGUGAAAGCUCAUCAGCCGAACCAGUUUCCAGGUCAAAACGCUAAUCAGCCACCUGAAGUAUUAUAUUUUUCUAUUUGAAACAGUAAUUUUGGGCUUCAGAUUCAUCACCAAAACGCUGCGGCGAACCAACAACAGCAACAUCAACAAAAUGUUCCACCCGCACAGCAACAUCAGCAAUUUGGAGGAGAACAUGCUCGCGAUGAACAGUUAGUGAAAUUGAAGAUAUAUGAUUAUUGCAGGGGUGUUUUCAGUUUGUAAUGACUUUUUUUCAGUCACAUAAAGGAACACUUGGACGGAAAAGUCGACCCAACUGCAAAUAUGACGCCCGAGCAGCUACAGUUCCAUUAUUUCAAUAUGCACGACUUAGAUAAAAACGGGAAGUUAGACGGAAUCGAGUUGAUUAAAGCUAUCACGCAUUUCCACUCAGGUAUUUUUUUCAAAAAAAUAUUUUUAAAACGAAAUUUAAUUAGAAAAAUCCUGGCCCACAACAUCAAAACAACAACCAGCCACCUCCACUUCCGAGCGAAGUUGAACUCGAAACGAUGAUUGACAGUAUAUUAAGGUUCUUUACAUUUAUUGAAUCUAUUGAGCUUUUUUUAUCGAAAAGAUUCAAAUCAGCUAUGUAUAUAUUUUUUAUUUUUACAUUUUUACACCUCAAUAAUCAAUUUUCGCUAAUUUUUCUUUAGCGGUAAAAAUGUGUCGAAAGUAGUCGGGCUCUUUAAAAUGGAAACAAAAAGCUGAAGAAAGGUAAAAUCUCAAUCACGAAAGGAGGGUUAAUAGAGUGAAUUUCAUCUUUUCUAGGCGCUAUAAGAGGAGAUCCACUUAUCUCACCUCUUGAGUCAUACCUAGGAAACCCACAAUAUUUCAGAAUUAGAUUUUGCUAAAUCAUAUAUUUUCAUUUGAUUUAUGUCCUAUCAAGAAAUAAGAAGAUGAAUCCAAAAAAACUUUUGAAUUUCUAACGAUGCUUUUGCAGAGACGACGAUUUCAACGCCGACGGUUUCAUCGACUACGGAGAGUUUUUGAAGGCUCAGCGGAUUCGCGAAGGCGAAGCGCGGGCUCAACAACAAAACCAGCCACCACAACAUUGA